GCGCGCUUGCUCGCGCUGUCAGUUGCAGCGGUGGUUUGUUAGCAGCGUUUCCUUUUCUCUGGGCGGUUCCAGUCUGAAAGAGAGAGAGAGCGAGAGAGAGCGAGAGGUUCAGAGGAAAGCUCUAACUCUAUCAGCCCAGACACAAACAUGGCGCCUGCCUCCGCCGACAACUUCAGAUGAAAGUGUGGCGAAGAAGUAACUAGCAAAGUACAAAGGAGUAUUUCCGAGUGGCGUUUUCACCCUUCUUUUUAACUUGCCGUUCUGGUUUGACCAUUUUUUUUGUUUUUGCUUUGCACAAAUAAGUCUGCGGGGUACUUCGAGGAGGGAAAACAAGCAAGUUGCCUACAUGUCAACAUUGUCUCUGUUUCUCACUGCGGUGUAAACAGCUGGUACAUCCAGCCAUGAUUGAGGACAAGGGUCACCGCGUGACCGACUACUUUGUGGUGGCCGGGCUGACCGACAAGUCCACGCCCCUGGAGCAGGACCUGUCGGAGACUAAAUCCACCGGGCCCAAAGCGCCCAUCACUGAGUUGGCCGUCAUUAACAAGUCAGCAGGGGAAACAGUGCCUGAAGGCUUCACUUGUAUCGAGAGCACCCACAGCGGCCAGCCAGCCAACCUUAAUCAUGGCAGUCUCAAGAGCCCCGAGCUCUUCCUCUGCUACAAGAGAGGACGGGGUAAACCUCCGCUGAUUGACAUCGGGGUGCUUUAUGAAGGUAAGGAGCGUCUCAUCCAGGGGUGUGAGGUCAUCCAGGCAACACCAUACGGACGCUGCGCGAAUGUCAACAACAGCUCUGCAACCUCGCAGCGCAUCUUCAUCACCUUCCGCCGAGCACCACCCGUCCAGCCGCAGAAUUCGCUGGCCGUGACGGACAUUUGCGUCAUCGUCACCAGCAAAGGCGAGACGCCGCCGCACACCUUCUGCAAAGUGGACAAGAACCUCAACUGCGGCAUGUGGGGCUCCAGUGUGUUCCUGUGUUACAAGAAGUCUGUGUCCGCGUCAAAUUCCAUCAGUUACAAAGCCGGUCUAAUCUUUCGUUACCCAGAAGAGGACUAUGAGUCUUUCCCUCUGUCAGAGUCUGUACCUCUGUUCUGUUUGCCCAUGGGUGCCAACAUCGAGUGCUGGGCACCGAACACUCGUGACCCUCUGCCUGUCUUUUCUACAUUUGUCUUAACCGUCUCCUCUGGUGAAAAGGUGUAUGGCUCAGCCAUCCAGUUUUACGAGCCAUAUCCAGCAGAUCUGUUGAGCGAGAAGCAGAAGAUCCAGCUGGGCCUUCUCACCACGGUGGAGAAGAAGAUGAUCCCCAACCGGCCUGUGAACACCAAUAAAUGCAUCUGUCUGCUCUCCCGCUGGCCCUUCUUUGAGUGCUUCCGCAAGUUCCUGAUGUUCAUCUACAAGUUCUCCGUCUCAGGCCCGCACCCACUGCCUAUUGAAAAGCACAUCUCGCACUUCAUGCACAAUGUCUCAUUUCCUUCCCCACAAAGACCCAGAAUCUUGGUCCAGCUCUCUGCAAACGACACUUUGAUCCUCUCCCAGCCCGUGUGUACACCCUUACCGCUCAGCGGGGCAGACUAUGGCACUCUGCUGAUGAAUCUGGGCUCGGAGAACUGCGCCACACUGCUGCACUUUGUCCUGCUGGAGAGCAAGAUCCUGCUGCACUCGCUCCGACCCGCCGUGCUCACCGGAGUGGCCGAGGCUGUGGUGGCUAUGAUUUUCCCCUUCCAGUGGCAGUGUCCCUACAUCCCCCUCUGCCCGCUGUCUCUCGCAGGCGUCCUCAACGCGCCGUGUCCAUUUAUAGUGGGCGUGGACUCCCGCUACUUUGACCUUUAUGACCCCCCACCAGAUGUUGUUUGUGUGGAUCUGGACACGAACACUAUCUACCUGUCAGAUGAGAAGAAACACAGCAACUGGAAGAACCUCCCAAAAAAACCUUGCAAGAGUCUCAUUAACUCACUAAGCAACUUGCACCACCAGCUGGCCACUGUUUCGCUACGCCCAGUGAUGCCGGAUGGCUCGGCUGUCGACAUGACUCCCAUGGACGCGGACUUCACCUGGCACAAGAAAAGGACGGCCCUGGAGAUGGAAAUCCAAGAGGCCUUCCUUCGUUUCAUGGCCUCCAUCCUGAAGGGCUACCGCUGCUACCUCAAACCCAUCACCCAGGCGCCCUCUGAAAAAACCACGGCUGCAGACUCCCUCUAUGACCAACAAGGGUUCCUCAAAAGCAGAGACCGUGCCCACCAGAAGUUCUACUCCCAGCUCACCAAGACCCAGAUAUUCAUCCGCUUCAUCGAGGAGUGCACCUUCGUCAGCGACAAGGACACAGGCCUGGCCUUUUUUGACGAUUGCGUCGAAAAGCUUUUUCCCUCUGAUAAAAUCACCGACAAGGGCACCAAGGUUGAAGGAGAGUCAUCUGAGGACACAAGACUGCUGGAGCUGGAUGAGUCUCAAAAGAGUGAGCACACAGUCUUUGUAAUGCCUCCUGAGCCUCCAGUAGAUGAUGGACCGGAUCCUGCUCCUCAGUACACGUAUAAAGGGUUCCCCAAACUGCAGUUAAAUCUAUUUGACCGUCCAAGAGAGUUACGUCCUGCACUCAGCACCAGAGCAGCAGGGGCCAGUCUGUCCAGCAGCCCUGCACUACUAGCAAAGAGGACAAAGCAAGAGGUCAAGCUCUCAUACAAGAUGGCAAAGCGUUUCUACUCCAACCCGCCUCUGUGGGCCCGCUGUCUGUUCAGUCACUGCUACAGUCUGUGGUUCAUCUGCCUGCCAGCAGCUGUACGGAUGGCCAAGUCAAAGACCCGGGCAAUGCAGCAGGCGUACAACAUCCUGUUGAAGAUGAGAACCACUGAGGUGGAGAUACUGGAUGAGGUGUGUUACAGAGUGGUGAUGCAGCUCUGCGGCGUGUGGGGUCUGCCUGUGAUGGCUGUGCGAGUCCUGGUUGAGAUGAAGAAAGCUGGAGUCCAUCCCAACGCCAUCACAUAUGGAUACUACAAUAAGGCUGUCUUAGAGAGCCCGUGGCCCAGCCGGAACCAGAGCGGCCUGAUCAUGUGGACCAAGUUGCGCAACGUCCUUCGUGGAGUCACGCAGUUUAAAUACGGUUUAAACCGCACAUCUUCUGAGAAGGGAUCAACGCUGACUACCACAGGUGUUCCAGUAGCUGCCUCAGCAGUCACUGAUGCCGACUGUUUGAGUCAUGGAAGUGCAGACAGCUCGAGCGAGGUCAACGGUGAGGAGAACAGUGUAUUUGCCCCCAGCCAUGACAUGGAAGACGUAGCAGAUAACCACUGCAGCGCAGAGAGACAGUGUGAUCAAGGAUAUGGCUCCAAGGAUGAGCUGCACCAGGAGUUGGCUGAACCGUUGCACGCUGCCCUUCCGCCGGCUGAUGAGAGAAACGAUACCAAAGCACAGCAUAAUGGAGGGGACAUAGCUGGCUCAGUGGACAGUGCAGUAGCAGUGGGAGAGCCCCACAGUCCUGUCGAUGGGUCGCCACAUGUCCACAGUAUUGUUAGGCUGUCCACGGGAAGCUUUGACGGAGAAACGGGUAAAGGGAAGCUGUUCAGGAGACACAGCAAGAACGAUAACGUGUCACUUACCGAUGACGAUCCCUCGCUGCCGUCCCCAGCCGUAGCUCACCAGUCUCAGCAUCAGCGGCAGAAAUCCUUCUCUGAACGCAGCUGCAGCUUCAGCGCUGAAACUCGUGCUGGAAUGCUCUCUGAGGCAGGCAUGGACCACAUGGCCAGCCGAAUGGGCGCUGAUGCUCGUAUCCUAGCUGGAGUCCUCUCAGGAGGUCAAAGCCCACCCCCUAAUAUUAUGCCCAAACCACUUUUUAAAGACUUGGAGGAAGAGCCUGAGGAAAAUCAGGGGUUGAGGCUUAAAAAGCUUCCAGAAGAAAAGGACCCAGAAACCGCAGAAGAAAGAAAGACAGACGACAAAGACCUGAAGGUUACCGACGUAAAUAGGGAGAAACAAGUAAGAAAAAACACUGAAACUAAUGAAGAUGAUUCUGGAGUGCGAGGACCCAUUUUGGAGAGGGCCGACGUGGAAGUGGGAGCUGACCCGCUGUCACGUCUGGUGUCAGAGAGCGAAGAGUCGGCCUCUGUCAACAGUCAGGAACCGCCACGCUCCGUGCCUGCUGUGGUGUCCCGUAACCUGGCUGAAGAGAUCGAGCUGUACAUGAGCUUGAAAACCCCGCUGGGUACCAAAUCCUCCAGCAUGGAGCUCCAGCAGCCGCAGGUAGACUCCACGGAUGCACCUCAGCCCAAACAGACUCUGGAGCGCAGGUCCAGCCUCCCAGUGCCUCCUGUGAAAACCCCAACUGGCUCACCGAGCAACACCCCCAAACGCAGCCCCAGCACUGUAACCCGCUCCAAGACUUUUGCAGUAAAGACAAAGACGCCUGCGAGCUCUACAGCGAGCUCUACAGCGAGCCCGGGCCAGCGAUCGUCCUCACUGACCGCACUGGUCAAGUCCUCUCAGGGGGGGUCGCUGGGCUCGGUCUUUAACACCAUUUCAGGUAUCAAGAUGGACACGUUCUUAACAGGACCUAAAAUCGAUGUGCUCAAGUCAAGCAUGAAGCAGGCAGCAAACGUGGCCAGCAAAGUGUGGGGGGCAGUGGCAUCCGCUUACGCCGAUUCAGAUGAUGAGGAUGAAGCUCAGGCUGGUGGCGGCGGCUUCCCAGCUCGUCUGGAUGAAAAUAUGCUGGCUGCACAUGACUUGGAUGACAGUCCUGAGAGAAAAGGCAUCCCAGGUUUGGUGGCUAAUGGUCUGAACCAGAGCUGCACCAGCCUGGGCGGCAGCAGCAGCAGCAGCAGUGACACAGGCCGAGGGACCACACAGACACAUCUGAUUCCAGGGCGCCCGGGCAGAGGUCCUGACUCUGAGCAAAGCUCCUCGCAUCACGCCUCCUCCUCGAGUAUUUUCCAGAACUGUGCACUGGAGGUGCUGAUGUCCAGUUGCUCCCAGUGUCGCUCCUGUGAAGCGCUGGUGUACGACGAGGAGAUCAUGGCAGGCUGGACGGCUGAUGAUUCCAACCUCAAUACCAACUGUCCUUUCUGUCAGACGGUCUUUCUUCCCUUAUUGCACAUCGAGUUUCACGACCUGCGCACGAUGACCGGGUUUUAUGUGAAUCCCAGUGCCUCAGGGGACAGCAUCCACAGCACAAGCGCUCACCCCACAGCUAGCAGCGCGGCUGACAUUAAGACACCAGACCUUAUCACUUUCGCUGAAGAUGAACCGAGGGAGACCGCUGAAAAUACUCCAGGAGCACAGAAGAGUUUGAUUCCAGAGCCGGUGCAGUCGGACCCCCUGGGUCUCCUGGAGCACCAGGCAGCAUGUAAGCAGCAGAAAGGCACCGGGACAUCUUUGACACGUAGCAACAGUGUUGGAGGACCUCUGCAAAGCCUGGACUAUUCUCAGAGACCUGGACAUGGCGUCUCCACCACCAGCCUUCCCUGCAGUUUGCAGGAAGUGCAAGACGGCAUGGGGACAAAGCGGCCAAAUCCCAAACCAGUGUCUGUGCCGUACCUCAGCCCUUUGGUACUGCGCAAGGAGCUGGAAACCUUGCUGGAGAAUGAGGGAGAUCAGGUGAUCUACACCCACAAGUUCCUCAGCCAGCACCCAAUCAUUUUCUGGAACCUGGUGUGGUAUUUCCGCCGCCUGGACCUGCCCUCUCACCUGCCCGGUCUCAUCCUCACUUCUGAACACUGCAACAACGGAGUGCAGCUGCCUCUGACGUCACUGCCACAGGACAGUAAGCAGGUGUACGUACAGCUCCUGUGGGACAACAUCAACCUGCACAAAGAACCCGGAGAACCACUUUACCUGCUCUGGAGGACCUUUUUGGAGAAGAGGGGAACUCUGGGGCCAACAGACCACCAGGAGAGCCGCACUCUCCUCAACACCAUUGUUCGCAACAUCCAGACCAACGACGUCUACGGGCCGAUCAACCUGCUGAUCCGAGAGAUCAAACGGCGUCCAGAAGGGCUCAAACUGCCUCUGACGUCACUGCCACAGGACAGUAAGCAGGUGUACGUACAGCUCCUGUGGGACAACAUCAACCUGCACCAAGAACCCGGAGAACCACUUUACCUGCUCUGGAGGACCUUUUUGGAGAAGAGGGGAACUCUGGGGCCAACAGACCACCAGGAGAGCCGCACUCUCCUCAACACCAUUGUUCGCAACAUCCAGACCAACGACGUCUACGGGCCGAUCAACCUGCUGAUCCGAGAGAUCAAACGGCGUCCAGAAGGGCUCAAA